CACAACUGAAAAGAACAAAAAAAAAAAAAAAAAACUCUUGCCCUUCCCCUUCCGCAUCUUUUCCCUUCCAUACUGUCUCCGCAAAUGGCCAAAACUCCCAGCGACUCCAAACAGCCGGCAGUUUCAUCGGCGGAGAUGGACGGAGUCGAGAAGGUAUUCAGGAAGUUUGACGCCAAUGGCGACGGAAAAAUCUCUCUAUCGGAGCUUGGAGCGAUUCUGAAUGCACUUGGCAGUAAGACGUCGCCGGAUGAGGUAAAGAGAAUAAUGUUGGAAGUUGAUACUGAUGGUGAUGGUUUUAUUGACUUGAAAGAGUUUGCUGCUUUUUACUGUCCGGGAGGAGCGGACAGUGAUAAUAAGGAGCUUCGGGAGGCUUUCGACUUGUAUGAUAAGGACAAAAACGGCAAAAUCACAGCGGCUGAAUUGCAUUCUGUUAUGAAGAGCCUCGGAGAGAAGUGCUCGCUUAAGGAUUGCCGUCGUAUGAUCAGCAAGGUGGAUGUUGACGGCGAUGGAUGCGUUAACUUUGAGGAGUUUAAGAAGAUGAUGAGUAGGACGUGACUUUUCGGAUUAUAACUUAUGGAAUCAACGGUAGGUUUUAUUUGCAACCGAUUUCGGAACUCUGUAGAUACGCUUCCUGUAUCUAUUUCUCUUUUUUGACAGAUUUCUGCCAUCGUUUUUGCUGUCAAUCCACUCUAACUGUAGUUAGGUAUGAAGAAAUUCCGAAUCAGCAAAAAACUUUACUAUUACUCCUAUAUGAUUUGGGUUAUCAGUAUAAAUAUCGAAUUUGAUUAUGAUAAUUCAAAAAAGGUAAAAAUAAUAUUUUGCAUUAGUCUUGUGACAUCUACUAUUGAGUCACGCGCAAUCCAUCUCUGUUACUGCUCAUUUUAUCUACUACUUUUAUUUGCUUUUUUGGUACUUUUGAGUGCUGUUGAAGAAAUGCAUUUUCAAAGGUGCUGAUAGUGCCAAGACCACACGGAAUUGUAAUCGUGUUAAUUGGGCAACGCGCUUGUAGCUUUCUUAUUGCUAGUGGUAAAUAUGUACUCCGCCUAUGUCAGUUUUUAUUUUUUCCUCCGAAACGCCGUUUUUCAUUUAUUAAAGGCGUUUUGCAUUUAAUACUACUUCCACCUGUUUUUCCA